AGAGGUGAGAGAGCCUGUACAGGGUCAGCUGAUAGAGAGAGAGAUGUAGAGAGCACAACUGAUCAGUAGAACGUGUAUUUGCAUCCUUGCAGGUUUAAAAGAAGCUCUUUUAAAUUUUAUAAGAGGUAAAAAGAGAGGCCCUCACUUAAAUAUGUUGCUGGUGUUGCUGUGCUGGUGUGUCGGGGCCACAUUGCUUUUAUACGUGUUGUACUCCUGGCUCAUCCCCACCGCCGUGCAGUUCAGUGGCAGUCUGGCUUUACUCUGGCAUGACGUCAUCGUGGAGCGUGCUCUUGAUACUCUGACCAAAUCAACUCGACCACAGCGUCUAUUGAAAGCAGUACAGAAGCAUGCAACCCGAGGUGACCCUCAGAGUGUGAUCUCAGCCAUCGAUCAUUUCUGCCGACACAGUGAAUGGGCUAUGAACGUUGGAGAUGAGAAAGGAUGUAUCCUGGACUCAGUGGUGAGUGAGUUGAACCCAGAGAAGGUCCUAGAGUUGGGCACAUAUUGUGGAUACUCCACAGUGCGCAUUGCUCGUCUCCUUCCUCCUGGAGCUCGUCUGAUUACACUGGAGUUCAAUGCAGACUAUGCUGCGAUUGCUCGACAAGUAAUUGCCUGGGCAGGUCUUGAAGACAAAGUCCAGCUUGUAGAAGGUGCUUCUGGAGAUUGGAUCCCACGCAUGAAGGAGCACUUUGGAAUUGAAACAUUUGAUUUUGUGUUUCUGGACCACUGGAAGGACCGUUACCUUCCUGACACGAAAUUAAUGGAGGAUUGUGGUCUACUAAGGAAAGGCACCGUUCUGCUUGCUGAUAAUGUGAUCUGUCCCGGAGUCCCAGACUAUCUUGAAUAUGUGCGCAAUAGCCUUUCUUAUAAAAGCUGCUAUUUUAAAUCCCAUUUAGAGUACACCAAGGCAGAGGACGGCUUGGAGAAGUCUGUGUUUUUGGGCUAGAGAUAUACAGGGAUGCUUCAUGUGCUUAAAAAGAGGACUUUUGCUAAGUGUUUCUGAGACCUAGCAUGAGGUAUAUUUUAAAUGAUUUAUUAUCAAAAUUCUCCAAGAUGUUUUGUACUUAAAGUCUUUAAAUCAGGACACACAGUUCUGCUUAUUACUUGAUCAAAUGAGAGGUUUUUCCACUUUGUACCACUAGAGGGUAGGAUCACAUUUAAAAUGGCUAAAUGUGGUGUGUCUAGACCAGACCAGACAAUUUAAUAAGAACUUUUGAAAAACAAACCAUUUUAUAACAAUGACUUUAUAUCACAAAUUUGUAUUUGUACAGAAAAUGGGAUUUUAAUCUUAUUCUGUAAUACACUUUGUGUUCAUGAAGAUAUACAGUUGAGGUCAAAAGUUUACAUACACCUUGCAGAAUCUGCAAAGUGUUAAAUAUUAACCAAAAUAAGAGGGAUCAUACAAAAUGCAUGUUAUUUUUUAUUUAGUACUGACCUGAAUACGAUAUUUCCCAUAAAAGACAUUUACAUAUAGUCCACAAGAAAAAAUAGUAGUUGGAUUUAUGCAAAUGACCCUGUUUAAAAGUUUACAUACACCUGAUUCUUAAUACUGUUGUUACCUGAAUGAUCCAGAGCUUUUUUUUUUUUGUUUGUUUAGUGAUAGUUGUUCUUCAGAAAAAUCCUUCUCUCAUUUGCGAUGCGUUAAGCACCAGGGGUGUAAACUUUUGAACAGAAUAAAGUGGACAUUUUUCUUAUUUUGCCUAAAUAUCAUAUUUUUUCAUUUAGUGUUGCUCUUCAGAAGCUACAGAAGAUACUUGUUUCCCAGAAGACAAAAUAAGUUACAUUUACUCUGAUCUUCAAAUUCAAAUUCUUAAUGCAUGGUGUUUUCUUCUGAAGCAUUAGUGAGCAUUUGAACCUUCUGUAAUUGUUGCAUAUGAAUCCCUCCGUUGUCCUCUCUGUGAAAAGAUGGAUCUCAAAAUCAUACAGUCUUUGUUGUAAAGGGUUCAAAUACACAAAUAUGCUUAAAAAACUGGAACAGUGGAACCUGAAGGAUUUUUCUGAAGAACAGCGGGCAGUUUAACUGUUUAGGACAAACAAGGGACUCAUGAACCACUAUCACUAAAAAAAACAAAAAAAAAAAAAAAAAACAGCUGUGGAUCAUUCAGGUAACAACACUGUAUUAAGUGUAUGCAAACUUUUGAACAUUUUUAUAAAUUCAACUAUUAUUUUCUCUUGUGGACAAUAUGUGAAUGUCUUUUAUGUGAAAUAUCUUAUUCAAUUCAGUACUAAAUAAAAAAUAACAUGCAUUUUGUAUGAUCCCUUUUAUUAACAUUUUGCAGAUUCUGCAAGGUGUAUGUAAACUUUUGACAACGGCAUUUGGAGUGUACUAAUUUGAUGUAUUUUUGCGGUAUUGAUAUGUACGGAUUGCCGUUUUUAUUUGUUUUCAAAAUAUGAUGCAUAUAUUAAUUUUUACUAUAAAUUUCCUACUUUUCUGUCUCUA